ACCGAUCACACCACCAUGAAGACAUCAACAGAUAUAUAAGGGACCAAAAGAAGGAUCCCGCUUCCCUUUUUUGCAUCGACUCGCUAGCGAUUAGUUCCUUGAGCACCCGCCGAAAUCGACUCUCUUUCUUUUUUCAAUUAUUUUGUGCUAAAGAUGAUAAAAAUCGAGUCUUAUUGGAUGUUGAUGACGAAGCUUCCGACUAUAUAAAUGCGUCUUUCAUUGACGGUUAUAAAAUAAAAAAAGAAUACAUCGCUUCACAGGGUCCCAAAUCUGAAACAACUAUAGAUUUUUGGCGUAUGAUUUUACAGUAUAAUGUUCGUAUAAUUGUAAUGUUAACUCAAUUUCAAGAAGGAACAAAUAUCAAAUGCCACGAAUAUCUUCCUUAUAAUUCAAAUGGGAUAUAUGUUAUUAUCAGGAGGAAAACAUGCUUCGAAUAUUAUGACCGAUCCGAGUUGUUUAUUACUCAGGAUAAGUAUGGCUUAAAACGGAAAAUUGAUCAUUUCUUUUUCAAGAAAUGGCCAGAUCACGGAUGUCCCAAGAAUCCUGCACACUUGAUAAAUUUUAUUCGUAAAAUAAGAAGUCAUGGACUGUCUAGUUAUUCCCCAACUGUUAUUCAUUGUAGUGCAGGAGUCGGGCGAACUGGUACAUUUAUCGCAUUGGAUAUAAUAAUGCAAAGGUUGAAGUACGAGUUUAAGAUAAACAUUUAUGAAACUGUUAAAAAGCUACGAUUUCAAAGAAUGAAAAUGGUUCAAACACUGGAGCAAUAUACUUUUUUGUACGAAUCUGCAUAUGAACUUGUCCGUCAUAAUAUUAGAAAACAAAUCUUUGAUGAAAACAAACUGAUUUUUUCACAUAAAAGCGGUAUAAUGGCAACAAUGUGUAAUUCUGAAGAGCGAAAUAACGAAAGUGUGUAAUUAGUAAAAGCUACUUAUAACAUUUAUAAAAACAUUAAUAAAAUUAUUAAAAGUUAGAAAACAAAUAUACAGCGAAAACAUAAUAUGUAAUUAAUUUUCUAUUAAAUUUAUAAUAUACUAACAAAAACAACGUACCCACGGUGCUGCUCACUAAGGUGCUGGACCAACUUCGGUAAUGAUGUCAUAUCGAAUAUUCUAUUGAUGUGAAGAGUAUGACUUUAGAGAUCCACAUGGCAUUGUAAACUCAGCUAAGUGGCCGUUAUAUGUACGGCUAAGAUAGUUUCUGAGAUUUAGCAAUAAUGUAAUUUAUGUUACCUCAAAUUUGGAAUGAAAUAAAAUAAUUGCCAGAAA